AUGAAGAGACAUAACCACACAGAGGUGAGUGAGUUUUUUUUUCAAGGAUUCUCCAGUUUCCAGGAAAAUCAGAUCACACUCUUUGUAGUUUUCCUGGUCCUGUACAUUUUUACCCUGGCUGGCAAUAUCAUUAUUGUGAUAAUCAUCCGAAUUGACCAUCACCUCCACACACCUAUGUACUUCUUCCUGAGCAUGUUGUCUACUUCUGAGACUUUGUACUCAUUAGUCAUUAUCCCACGGAUGCUGUUCAGCCUUGUGUGCAGGGAUAAGUCCAUCUCCCUGCCAGGCUGUGCUACCCAAAUGUUCUUUUUUGUCACCUUUGGCAUCAAUAACUGUUUCCUGCUCACAGCAAUGGGGUAUGAUCGCUAUGUGGCCAUCUGCAACCCACUGAGGUAUACAGUCAUCAUGAAUAGGAAGGUGUGUGCCCUGCUGGUGUGGGGGGCACUUAGCAUUGGUUUGAUUGUAGCAAUGACACAGGUGACCUCUGUGUUCAGGUUGCCAUUUUGUGGCAUAGAAGUGGCCCACUUCUUCUGUGAUAUCCGGCCUGUGAUGAAACUUUCCUGCAUUGAUACCACCAUCAAUGAGAUCUUAACUCUAAUAAUCAGUGUCUUAGUGCUUUUAGUGCCUAUGGGCUUGGUUUUCAUCUCGUAUGUCCUCAUUAUUUCCACCAUUCUUAAAAUUGCCUCUGCUGAGGGUCGGCAGAAGGCCUUCGCCACAUGUGCCUCUCACCUCACCGUGGUCAUUGUCCACUAUGGCUGUGCCGCCAUUGCCUAUCUGAAGCCCAAGUCAGAGAAUACCAGAGAUCAGGACCAAUUGAUUUCAGUGACUUAUACUGUCAUCACCCCACUGCUGAACCCAGUAGUGUACAGCCUAAGGAACAAAGAGGUCAAGGAUGCUUUGCUUCGAGCUGUUGGUAAAAAACAUCCCUAA